AUGGAGGCAGAUUCAACACUUUCAAACAUACCAGCAAUUUCAUUGUUAUCAAAUAAUGGAUUUGGUACAGUAGAACAUGCAGUAGAACUGGAUUUCUCUUAUUUAGAAAGCAUCUGUGGAUGUCAUGUUUUUACUAAGGAGAUUCACCAAGAAAUGACACAAAAACAACAAUGGGAAAAAGGGUUUGGAUUAAUGAAAAAAACACUUAAUUUAGCAAUUGAAACAGGCAGAAUAGAAGAGCUUUACAAAAUACAUGAUAAGCUUAUUAAAGAGAUGGAAUCUGAAGUGACUCAAAUUGUGCAAGGUAAUGAAACUACUGAAUUUGCUUGUACUAUUAGCAACCCAAUCAGUAUUAGAAAGAAAGGUCGAAAGCCUAAAAUCAUUUAUGAUAAUGACCAUGGAGAAUUGCCACAUAAAAGGCUUCAAAAAGCAUUACAAGAUAAUUUAAAUACAG